AUGCUCAGCUUGCUUUUGCAAAUUAAAUGCUAUAUUUUCUUUCUUACCCUUAUUUUGUACAAUGCCGAUAUAAAUGUUUGUAAUGCUCAUGAAAAACAAACCGAACAAGAGGCUGCUAUAGUCGCGCGGUCUUUAGUGUUCGAUACUGGAACUGGAACUUUAGUAACUGUAAUGAACAAAUUUGCAAAGGAAGAGUUACAAGGGUAUCCAUUUGGUCUAUUUGACUAUUAUUCUGAUGACUGCCCUUCAUCCGGUAAUCCUUUGAUGCUUUUGUCUGAUUAUCAGUUGAAUGUCAAAAAUGCUCGUGAAAAUGAUUUUAAAGUAUCAUUGAUGAUCCAAAAGUUCAGUAAAAAUGAAACCUACUUUCCAAUGGCUGAACCAAGAUUAAAUUUGUUUGGCAAAUUAGUGAAGAUUGAAAAAGAUGAGAUCCCAGCAGUACAGAAAUGCUUCUUGAAAAAGCAUCCACGAGCGCGUAGUUGGAUUCCCGGCAGAGGGCAUGAAUUUAACUUUUAUCGAUUAAAAGUGAUUGAUAUUUAUUUUGUCGGUGGUUUUGGAGAUAAGCGGUAUAUCGGUUAUAUUGAUCUGAUGUACUAUAAAUCAGCACAGUCUCAACAAUUAGUUGUUAAUACUUUAAGGCCUGUUUAUAAUUUGGUUCAAUUAAAAUUAGAUGAUUAUAAAGAAAAUGAGCUAGUUCUUGAUACUAUUCAUGAUUUAAAAUUAUUUUUUGAAAAUUCUAAUAAUUGUACUUGCUAUCAAACUCCAAAACAAAAAGGCUUUAGAACUUGUUUUGAAAAACUACUUGCAAGUGAUCUUUGUGAAGUUUGCACUUUCUUUAAAGCCAAAUUAUUAGCUGCAAAACAAGAUAUCGAUGAAUAUAAUAAAGUUCAAGCCGA